AUACACGCGGCCAGACAAGAGAGAGAGAGAGAGGGAGACGCGUAGAGGUGAGAGGUCGCCGGCCGAAGCCAUCACCAUCGCUCGCCACUAUCACGGCGCUGACCAGACGGGAGGUCUCCUGCGUCGCCAUCGCCGCAAAGCAUCAAACCACCGCCGAUCGUUACCCCAGCACCACCGAUCGAUGGUGCAGAUCGGAAAAAAAGGAGGUCGAUCAGCCAAGAAACCCACCGCAUCACCCGAGACGCGCCGCCAUCGCUCUUCCGGAGCGCCGCUCGCAAAAAGCGUACAGGUUUGUAAAGAAAACAUUACCUCAGUGUUUCGGCCUUCAAGUUCUGCAGAUAUCCUUCCCUAAGACGAAUAAUGGAGCCAAGAUGAAUAAUGGAGAGCCAUUUUCAGGUUAUAUCAAAUGGAUGGCAAAGUCUAAGCAGUGAAUAACAAACAUGCAGAGGGUUAAUGCAAGGUGUGGAUUGUUUAUGGAUAAUUUAGUACUCCGUAUUUUCGUUUUGGGGUCAAAUUGUCAUUUUGGUAACAUAGGCAUUUAAAAAUAAUAUUCCAGCCUGCGUCGGUCCAGAUAAUCGAUUGGCCGGUUGGCCCGUUACUGAGAAGAACCAAAUUAGGGUCAGAAAAUGAGGAGAGGUAAGAACACGAUAGAUCCAGUAAAAUUUAUGUGCGUACUUGUCUCUAUUGUUUUCACCUUCAUUCUAUUCAUUUCAAUCCUCAAAAUCCAUGAACUUCCAUUGAAGAAGGACAAUGCAAUCCUUUCAUGGGGCGGUAAGAAAAUCAAGUCGACUUCCAAAGAUGCGAAAGUGGGGAAGUUCGGUGGAAUGGUGAUUGAGAUGUUACCUGAAGAUCUGGGGUUCACUUUAUUUCUACCGUCGGAGGAAGCGUUUGAGCGUGAUUUGGGACUGCGGUUAAACGAAAGCUUGGCGGAGGAGAAGGUGGAUGAUACUCAUGCAGUACUUACUCGCGUGCUGGGGUUUUCCGCCUUGCCGAGGAUCAUUCAUUUGGAGAAUGUGGUUUCUGGGGAGGAGAUUAGAUAUGAUUCAUUGUCUGGUUUCACUUUGUUGAUUGUGAAGGAUUCGAAGGGUUCAUUGGUGGUCAAUGGAGUCCGAUCGGAAAUGGUGGAUUUAAGGAGAGGGAAGAUUGUUGUUCAUGUUAUGAAUGGUGUGUUAAUGGAUGCCGAGUUUGAACAGUCUGUUCGUCCAGAUUAUAGUGGAGGAGAUUGAUCUUAGUGUAGCUUCUAAUGCACUGAAAUUUGUUAAAACUCCUUGAAAUUGUAGCUUGUAAUGCAAAAUGUACAAUUGAAACUAAAUAUUUUCCAGGCUUGUUUAUAUUGAAUGAUAUGAUAGAUUAUAGUUCUUGUGUA